CUGCCAUUUACACUGUUUUGGUUUUCGUGAAAAUGUCCACAUACUACUUUGUUAUUGUGGGGCAAAAUGAUAAUCCCAUUUACGAGAAAGAAUUCAGCACGGUGAACAAGGAACUAAGGAAAGAGGACCACAGACACCUCACCCAGUUUAUUGCCCAUGCCGCCUUGGAUUUGGUGGAUGAGCACAAAUGGAAGACGGCCAAUAUGCAACUGAAAUCCAUUGAUAGAUUCAAUCAGUGGUUUGUUUCGGCCUUCAUCACAGCCAGCCAAAUAAGAUUCCUCAUCGUUCAUGACAACAAAAACGACGAGGGAAUCAAGAACUUCUUUAACGAGAUGUAUGACACGUAUAUCAAACACUCCAUGAAUGCCUUCUAUCGCAUCAACACACCCAUUAAAUCUCCGAUGUUUGAGAAGAAGUCGGAGAUCUUUGGCCGGAAGUAUUUGUUAUCCUAAAUUUGUUAAAGCCUGUAGCCAAUAAGUAACUGUUUAAUAUAAAACUUGAACUAAUUUAAAAGAA